CGGGUAAAUGCAACUAGUCUGAGGUGUAGACGUACAACAUUGUGAUAAAAGUGUCUUUGUCUUAUUAGUUAAGUCUUAUCUACAUUGUGUUUAACGACAGCGUAGUUAGUUUGAACACAAGACAGUUUGUUGUCAUAACAUAACAAAGAUUUGUAACAAAUUUAUCCAUCAAAAAUGUGUAAGCUGAAGAAGUUUUGACAAAGAGCCUUGGCGUUAGAUUACUACUGAGUACCACUAGUAACAGUGCUAUCCUGCCAUUCUGCUCUUAGUGUUAGAACUUAAAUUAGAUCUCAACGUAACGUUUAUAAUUUUGUAUUGAAAUUUAUAUUUGUAACCAUCUCCAGACUUCAUUAUUUGUCGGCAUUCCUUGUCAUGAGAGCAACAAUGACUCAGUUGUGUUUUAGAGGGAUUGUGCUUUUCACCACAGGAGUAUUUUUUGCCCUAAUGCUGAACUUUUUGCAAAUCCAACGUCUCCUUCCAGCUUUGAAACUUCCCUUCACAUCUACAAUUUUAUACUCUCCUUGGUGGGUUCCAUUUAUCUGUGGGACAGCAUCAGCUGCUGUUGGUCUUAUUUAUCCUUGUGUAGACCAGAAGCUUGGAGAGCACCAGCUUUAUAAACAGGAAUGGUCAAAUGUGAUGAGAUGUGUGGCUGUUUUUGUUGGUAUUAACCAUGCAAGUGCUAAAAUUGACUUCAGCAGCAACCUUCAGCUUUCUUUGUCACUUGCUGUCCUCUCUAUAGGAUUGUGGUGGUGGUUUGAUCGAACUCGAAGUGGGUUUGGCCUAGGUGUGAGCAUUGCUGUUAUUGCAACAUUUAUAACACAAAUGUUAGUCUAUCAUGGAGUUUAUAACUACACAGAGCGAGACUUCCUGUACAUUCGAUCUUGGCUCCCUUGUGUAUUUUUCUCUGGUGGAAUUACAAUAGGUAACAUUGGACGGCAAUUAGCAGUGCAUGAUUCCAUAGACUUGGAAAGCAAAAGACAUCGGGAGUAGCAUUAUUCAGCAUGGCCUGAUAGUUCCAAGUUUUUCAUGUGUUUUCUCAGAAAAGCAACCUUAACUAAGACAAAAAUUCCAUUGCAUUCAGCAGACCCAAAUUUAAGAAAAUCUGAACCAAGGUAGCAGAGACUGCUCCUGUCCAAUUUUGUUUUGAAAGAUUUGGAGAAGUUUGGAAGUUUGUCAUUUCAAAAAUAUUUCAUUAUAUUUUGCCACAUAAAAUAAAAGUGCCUAAUAGUGUCGACUAAACAUUGAUGGUUUGUAAGAAGGAAUUAUGCUUUAGUGUUUUACACUUGUGAAAAAAUAAGAAAAUACUUUAUAAAACUAUUUCUUUUCUGAAUAAUGUGCAAAACUGCAUGAAUCAACCAUUUCUGGAACUGAUUGCUAGACAAAAUUGGAAAUUAGAUGUCCAAAAACUUGGAUGAAUGAAUGGCAUUUAUUAUAGUUUUUUGUGUUAAAAUUUAUGACUCCACCAUAGAGGAAUUGUAUAAUCAUUUGUCUGGAGAAGAAAAUUAAUAAUUAGUAAAAAAAAUAAAUGAAAAUUAUUAUAAAAAGGGGACAUAAAACAUACUUAUUAAACUAUAAAUAGAGUUGAAUGACCAAAUUGUUAAUACUAUUGUAUUAAUCAAUGUAAAGAUUCCUUGUUAGAUAAUUGCAUAGGAAUUUCAUUACAUAAUACAUGCUGCAAGUGAAAUUAGAAGACGAUUAAAGAGGGUUUCCUAUGCAAUUUAGAGUGGCUAGAAUGGUUAAGGAAAAGUUUUUGAAAUUGAUUAGUUUGAAUGAUAAAGAUACGAUGGCUUUUUUAUUUAUUUACAUCCUUUAUUUUAGGAUUUUUUUUUUAUUGUUUUGUUGUAGAUUGCUUGAAAAAACAAGUAGAAUCAAAGUAUUUUCAGCUCAUUUCUCAAGAAAAGAAGUCUAUACUCUUUAUACAUUCUUGGGUUAUUAGGUUUCUUCAAUAAUGGUUGAUGGUAGAUAGAUAUCAAUAAUGGCUGUAGUUUUGGAAAUCACAAAAUGCUGAUUAUAACAUGUAUUUAUAUGAAAGAAUGGUAAGAGAAAAAUGAGAGGGGGGCUAAUAUAUGUGUAUCUGUUUGUGUACGUCCUUAUUGUGCAUUUCUUUUCUCUCAUUUUGGUACAUUUUUUUUCUUAUAAAUACAAAAGCUAUUUGUCUUCUGAAACUAGCUAAUAAGGCAUACUUAACUUUCUUUUCCAAUAGUACACUGGAGAAAAGUGAAAUAAUUAUAUUGAAAUGUAAUUGCGGAAUAAAGAAAGGUAUUUCUGCAUCUCAGGGUUUUGUAACAUCUUUAAAUAUUAUUUCACUAGAUGAAUCUAGACAGGUCUAAAAUCUGUGGCAUGGAAGGAUGGUUUUGAGUCACAUUUAAAUAUUUUAUUGCCACAGUUGUAUUACACUGAUUAGCUAAGUACAUUUUUCUUGACAUUUGUGUUAAAAGGUUAUUUUAUAAAUGUAUCGGAUAAGAAGCUUAAUGUUGGAAUAUUAGAGGUUUUAGUUUGUUUUGUUUUUAUUUUUUUACUAAAUGUUUCAUUUUCUGUUUUAUCUGUGUUUAGUGGCAACAGUGAAAUUAUAGCAAGAAUAUUAGUUAGACAAUAUUUAGUACUACUUGCUGAAUCAUGAUUAGUGAUGUUCGUUUUGCUAAUGUUACGAGCCUUUGUUAAGAAAGCAAGAGGGCUUUAUUUUUUCUAUUCAAAUGGGGAAAGUUUGUGAAAUAUUUUUAAGCAAGUUAAUUGCUAUUAUUUCAAGCUUGCAGGAGCUAUUUUGUUGUGAUUAUUGUAACUUCUUAGGUCAAAAAUGCUGCAAGUCAUUAUUGUAAUAUUGAUGUUUUUGUUUUUCACAGCAUAAAUUAUCUCAUGGACACAAGUGACUAAAAAGUAGUAGCAUUAUUUGCAAAAGCUCAUAUGAAAUCUACAUGUUUAACUUUUUUCUUUUAGUUGUCUAAAUAAUUUAUUUAUCUUUUAGGCUUUAAUAUUUCAGAUAGUGCUACUAUUAUAAACAUGAAUAUAUUAGACUAAAGGUUUCUGAUAGAUAUUCCUAAUUGGGCCAUAAUUCUAAUAAACUCCAGAUGCAUUCUUUUAGUAUUUUUGUAAAGUUAACUAUUCUCUUUAUUCAAGAAAUAUCCAAAAAAAUUUUUUUUGGAAAAAAAAAUUUCAAUGGGUUACAGUUAUUUAUGCAGGAUUGUUGCAGACAUGGAAAUCCUGGAAAAUUUGGAAUUUCAAAAAGUGACCAAAAUGAAAGUUUGAAAACAUUAUUCUAAAUCUGAAAAAUCCUUUUUUCCUAUUAACUUGGUAUUUGCAAAAGCAUGGAAAUUAUGUUGGUUAGCUAUGCCAACCACUAGUGUAUUUAACAUAAUCUGUGUGUUGUCAUAUUCAGUGAUAAUUAUUUAAGUUAUUAAUAUUAUGUUUCACAUGUUAGAACAAAUAUUCUUUUACGAAGAAAAUGUACCAUUUUAUUGCCUACUAUGAAGUAGAAAUGUCUUUGAAGGUUUUUCUUUCUUCUCCGUAGUGCCAUAGUCUGAAGAAAGUAUAUUCUGAAGUUAUUCCUCUUUUAUAGCUGCAUUAAAGGCUAAAGCAGUGUUAAUUGGGAAGAAAUAUGAGGAGGAAUUUCAUUAUCAGUAUUUCUCUACAUGAUUGCAGGCCUAAAACAAAUGGAGUUUUUCCUGAAAAGACAAAAUUGUUUUUUGAAAGAAUGCAACCACCCUGUUGUGUUAUUUUGGAGAAAUCUUAAUUUACAAUUUUAAAAUAAUGCCUUUGGAAAAAAUAUUUUUAAUACAAUCUUUUUUCUGUUUUACUUCAAGUAUAUCUAGGAACCUCAGAUUUUAUUGUGUUUUGCUACCCCCUUGUGGCACACCAGUAAGCUUGUAAUACUAAAAUCUUUGGUUUAAUUCCUUGCUGUGAAUACAAUACAGCACAUUGUGUGGCUUUUUGCUAAACAACAACCAACCAUUGGUGAAGUUUAAUCAAAAUACAUCAGUUGUUUCUUACAGAACAUUGUGCUUUUGUGUUGGUGGUAAGUAUUGAGGAAAUUAUUUUGUAUUCUUUUCAACUUCUGAUAAAAUGAUUACAGUAAUUGUUUUAAAACAUAAUUUAUUAUAAAUAAAGUAAUAAUAUUUAUUUAGUUUUAUGUUAUGCAUAUAGCAAAACCCUGGUAACCCAUUUUCUUGCUUUGGUUUCUUCUUUAUGGACAAAUAAAGCCUCUUGGCAGUUAGGAAGUUCACUUGAAAUAAUCAACCAGAAGUGAAACUUAGCACAAACACCCGUGUUAACAUUACACACACACAAAAAUUUAUCAUGUUAUAUUGACAUUGUACAGUGUUUGAUAACCAGGUUUUGUGAGCUUCAGAAGUGUAGUGUAUAUUACUGAUUGUUAAUAUGUAGAUAAUAAAGCAUUUAACACUGAAAAAAAAUGAUAGUAUAGAACUUGCUAUUAAAACUUUUAUUUAUAAUUUGUUGUUAUUACUUCCUUGAGAUGAUGACAGUGUAUUAUAUAUAACAAAUGUAAUAGCAGAGUUAAACAAUCUUUAUGUAUAUUUGUGUGUUUUUAUAUGUAUAUUUACAUUGCACACAGUUUGCAUUUUAGAAAUUACUACGUACUUUCACGUAAUAUAUGCAGAGUACGGUAGAACUUCUGAAAGUAUGUUUAGGUUUAAUUGUUAGACAAAUUUUGACAUCAGUUGCGUGUUGUUGUUCUGUAUAAAGAAUUAUCUUGAGAUUACCUGAUUAAUGAAUGACCAUUACCAAUAGGACAUUGUGUGUUACUUGGAAAAAAAAAACUUACAGAAAAAAAAGCAAUAUUUAAAUGUUUAAAGAUAGAGUUAGUGAGUUGUAAAUAAAUUUCAAUCAGAAUAGCAGCAUGUACAAUUCUAACUAAUUUAAGGAGAAAGUCUUUGCUGUAUAUAAUAUUCUCUGAAGUUUUAAUUGUCAAAAAUUUACAUGAGUGUUGAACUAAGUAGGAAAAAGCUUGUGGUAUUUGUUACUGGUAUUAGGAACUUCCUAUGAGCUAUGUUUGUUCAAUGUAUAUAUAUAUACAUGAAGGGGGAAAACCAGAAUGAAUUAAUAAUGUGUAUCAUGUUUUCUAGCAGAAAAAAAUGUGAUGGAUAAAACAGUAUAUGGUUUAUAUGUUCCUGUAACUAGUGAAGUUUUAUUUAUUUCUCUAGGAGAGUUGAUUUUGUAGUACUGACAAUCUUGUAUGUUUAGGUUCAGUAGGAAUGGAUUUCUUUAAAAUAACAUGUUUAUCUAAGUGUUUUUAAAGUUAGUUGAGAAAUAUGUUGUUGAAUAGAGAGAAAGAAAACCUGUUACAAAAAAUCUAAAAUUAAUUAAAGCAUGUACAAGUGUGUUGACAUUUCAUUAAGAAAGUAAAAACUGUAAAUGGAAUAAAACGUUUUUGAUUUUCA